GUCGAAAUCAUUAUCUUCAAAGCUAUUUAGAGGUUGAAUUGAGGUUCAUGAUAGGUGAGAGAUUUAGUAGGUUGACUGGUUUGAUACUCUAUAUAGUUAUUUUGGGAGGGGUUAUCCUCAGCUAAGUUAUGGUAACUGGUAAGGGUGAGCCAAUGGUGACUCUUCUGCCCUACUUUUAUUUUUUGCAUCAUUGGAUAAGGGAACAUUUAGGCUUGGUUCAUUGAUGUGGGAUGUAAUUUCCAGGGCCUUCUCUCUUAGUCGACGGGAUAGUAGGCUAAAAAAGAGUACAGGUGCAUUGAGUGACGGUUAUCCUUACAAUGCUGGAAUAAGGAUGGUUAUCCAUGUUCUGGCCGGAGUGCUGGAGCAAGGUGCGGCGUUCGCCAUGUGCUAUCUAUUUCUUAAUCGGCGGACCGCAGUAAGAUGAGAGAGGGGGAGUUCACCAGUAAAUGACCAGAACGGCCAUAACAAACGGGAGUUCAAGCUUCCAACAAUGUCCGACAACAUGGCGAAUCCGAAGCUGCAAGGACUUCAGAACUUUAAAGCGAAUACAUGCUCGGCUAAUCAUAAAUGGGUUCAACUCCAACCGCUCCGCUCUCCGAGAACUCGUUUACGUCUCUGCCGUGGUUCUCUCGACUUCAAUUCACUAUGCCCACAAACUGUUCGACCAAAUUCUCGAACCAGACCUCUUCAUGUGGAACACAAUGCUCAGAGGCUCUGCUCAGAGCCCCAGACCAUCGCUUGCCGUUCCACUGUUUGCAAAGAUGGAGAAAAGCUACGUGUGCCCGGAUAGUUAUACCUUUCCUUUCCUACUCAAGGCAUGCACCCGGCUUUCAUGGGUCAAAACCGGGUUUGCAACCCAUGUGAGAGAAGUAGUUGCUUGGUCUGCUUUAACAGCAGGCUAUGCCCAGAGAGGGGAGUUGGAGGUUGCAAGGAAGCUGUUUGAUGAAAUGCCAAUGAAGGACUUGGUAUCUUGGAAUGUGAUGAUUACCGGAUAUGUGAAGCAGGGGAAGAUGGAUAGCGCUAGAGAUUUGUUUGACAUGGUUCCAAUGAAGGAUGUCGUGACUUGGAACACAAUCAUCUCUGGCUAUGUCCAUUCUGGUCAGCAGAAACAGGCAUUGGAGAUGUACAACAGAAUGAGGAAGGCAGGGGAACAGCCCGACGAGGCAACCAUGUUGAGCCUUUUGUCAGCCUGCACAGAUUCAGGAUCUCUGGAUGUUGGUGAAAAGAUACAUUUCUCAAUCACAAAGAUGAUAAAUAAAGAGGAAUUAAGCAUCUUUCUAGGAAAUGCACUAAUAGAUAUGUACGCCAGGUGUGGGAGCAUCAAGAGUUCACUUCAAGUGUUUCACAGUAUGAAUGAAAAAGAUGUUUCAUCUUGGAAUCUUAUAAUAAGAGGCCUAGCCAUCAAUGGCCAUCCUGAAGAAUCAAUCCUUCUCUUUGAAGAGAUGAGGAGACUGAAGCUCAAACCCAACGAAGUCACUUUCAUUGGGGUACUAGUAGCUUGCAGUCAUUCGGGAAAAGUCAAAGAUGGUCAACAGUACUUCAAAAUUAUGAGAGCUGAGUAUAACAUAAAGCCAAAUAUGAAGCACUAUGGAUGCAUGGUCGACAUGCUGUCGCGUGCAGGGAUGUUGAAUGAAGCUUUUGAGUUCAUUCAUAGAAUGGAGAUUGAACCAAAUGACAUCAUUUGGAGAAAUCUGUUAGGAGCUUGUAAGGUUCAUGGUCAGGCUGAGUUGGGUAGGCUUGCAAAUGUGCAUCUGAAAAAAUCAGGAGUGUGUGAGAGUGGUGAUUAUGUGUUGCUUUCUAACAUAUACGCUUCACGGGGUGAGUGGGAAGGUGCUGAGAAGGUGAGGAAGGAGAUGGAUGUUUGUGGAGUUUGGAAAGAACCUGGUUCUAGUCUGGUUGAAGCAGAGGAGAAAAAAGUUUUUCUUGACUUCUUGUUUGAUUGAUUCAACUUCUUAAAUUAGGCCCUCUUCCAAAAGAUAAGAAACUUCUGUUUUGCUGCUCUAUGUUCUACCAAUAGCAUGAACUUCAAAUUUGCAGGUAAUCUGCUAUAGUACUUUAUUAAUGCUCCGUUAUAUAGUGAGAAAUUUUUUGUGGUUCAAAUGUUCUUCCAGUUGCUGGCCUAAUUUUACUUUGAGUUCUAAUUCCAGAUUUCCAGUAUUUUACUCAUUAGUUCUGCUACAUUUUGGUCAAGUGAACAGGGCUAGAAAAAGCUAGUAUAGUUGCCUUCGGUAUGAGAUGAGUUGAAGUUGAGCGUUUAUUGUUACCCACGCCAACUGCAACUCAUCACAUGGUGAUGCAAAGUACAACACACUAAAAAUAUAACUGUUAUUUAAAAAAUCUACUCCCUUAACAUAAAACUUUAGGAAACGUGAAAGAUGGUCACCUUAACAUGGAGUGAAUUUUCGGCUGUCUGGCGAGUGGAAGCUAGAGUUUGGUUGGUGAUCAUCAUAAGAAGGCAGUCUCGGAUGAGAGAAUGAGGAAAAAAUGUAGCCAAGAAUGACUUGCCGCCAUUUAUCAUUUAUAGCUAUUCCAUAUAUUACUGACUUAAAUCAUAUAUGAGAACCUGCUAGGCGCUAAGCCAACCGGCAAGUCAUCCUUGGCUGCAUUCCCCACCCUCACUCCCACAUGCAAGACUUCUCAUGAAAAAAGUCAAUGCUUGGCCUAUUUUGUGAGAACACAAACAUUGAGUAGCUAGUUGAUGGAAGGGCUAUGGAAUAAGGAGUGGAGAAAGGAUUAAUAAAGGGGCGGGCAGGUAGAGUCUUAUGGGGUGUGUGGUUUUGCACUGUGUGUAAUGACCAAAGGAUCAGCAGAACAUGGGUGGAUAUGACUGUCCACUGUCUAUUCUUGAAGAUAUUUCCCUAUCAAGUCUCCAUCCCGUACGCCUGCCAUCUCACAGCCUAGAUCUCUCAUUUAACUUUAAGUUCUCCACUUUUCUCUUAUAAGAAUGUGAACAGUUUCAAGUUUCAACCUGUAACUGUAUAUCUCCAGUUGCUCGGCAAGCUUGCCACACUAAUUGAUCAAAGAAGUGAACCGUGUCUUGAGAAGAAUCAUGUCUCGGAAGUCGGAACCGGACCAAGGCCAAUUGGGGACGGCAACCGGUCGGGAAUCCAUAAUAGAAGUCCCAGUCUUGAGCCUCCAUAUAUUUUUCUAAAGACCAGCUAAUUCAGGACCAGAACCGAAACGGACCAAAACUGGAUCUAUCCCUAAUACAACAUACCGAAGUAUGAACAAAUAUGCACGAGUAUUUUUAAAGACAUCAAAUGCUACUCUGUUUUAUUUAUACAAAUAUGUAACAUUAGUUUCAGCACACCUAUUUAAAGUUGUAUAUACUAUACACCUACUCUGUUUUUGUAUCUAUUUUUCAAAUCAUUAGCCACUUGUAGCUUCAUUUUAUUCUAAAAAGUCGGAGAACAACCAUAAUAAAUGAAUGCUCUUGUAGGGA